CAAGUUUGAGCGUACGUUUGAGACAUGGUCUUAGAGCUCGCAUAUAUAAGUGUUAUCUUCGUCGACAUGGACUCACUUAACGGCUAUCCUACAACUAACAUUCGCCAUGGACUACCUGCUUAUCGUCUAUGCCAUCGGGGCCCUCGUUGCGCUCGGCCUCUACAAGCUCGUAUGGCUCGUAUGGAGCACAAGCACAUCCCUUCGACACCUCCCAGGUCCGCCAAACGAGAGCUUGCUCCGGGGAAACUCGAAACCUAUAGAGAGCGAAGAGGACUCGGUGCCUCAGGAUCGAUGGGUUCAGCAGUACGGGCACACGAUCGCCUACCGCGGACUCUUUAGCAUGAGGCGCCUCUGGACGAUGGACACCCGUGCGCUGAACCAUAUCAUGACGCACCAUAACAUCUACCAGCACCCGCUGCACGCCAGGUAUGGGCUGUCACGCGUUGUUGGCCCUGGUGUCCUUAUGGCCGAAGGUGAUCAGCACAAGCACCAGCGCCGCGUACUGAACCCGGCCUUUGGCCCCGCGCAGAUCCGCGAACUCACGGAGAUCUUCACGGACAAGUCGAACCAGCUGCGGGACUGCUGGUUUAGAGAGAUCUCCAAGAACGGCGGCGCGUCUGCGCAGGUGAACGCGCUCUCGUGGCUUGGCCAGGUAACACUGGACGUCAUCGGCCGCGCGGGCUUCGGGUACGAAUUCAACGCGCUCAACCCGGAAGGGGAGACCAACGAGCUGAGUGUGGCAUUCUCCACGCUCCUCUCGGUGCCCCAGCAGGAGCGGCGUUUCUUCACGUUCCUGCAAGUGAUCAUCCCGAUACUGCGGCUCAUCAAAUCGGAGAACGACCGCAAGGCUGAAGAAGCACAGGCGACCAUGCGCCGCAUUGGCAUGCAGCUCAUCCGGGAGAAGAAGGCGGCAAUCAUGGCAGAGACUCUCGAGAAGGGCCGGGGCAUUGAACGCAAGGAUGUGAAGGAGCGCGACUUGCUCACGCUCCUCAUUCGCGCAAACAUGGCAACAGACAUCCCUCAGGACCAGAGACUGACUGACGAUGAGGUCCUCGCGCAGGUCCCGACGUUCAUUGUCGCCGGCCAUGAGACGACGAGCACGGCGACGACCUGGGCGCUGUUCGCACUCGCCCAGUGGCCCGAAGUGCAACACAAACUGCGCGCGGAGUUGCUGCAGGUGGCCACGGACAGUCCGACGAUGGACGAGCUGAAUGCGCUGCCGUACCUGGACGCGGUCGUGCGCGAGACGCUGCGGCGCCACUCGCCGGUGCCGGCGACGAUGCGUGCGGCGGUCGAGGACGACGUCAUCCCCGUAGGCACGCCGUACACGGACAGGUACGGCCGGGUGCGUGAGCACAUCGAGAUCAGGAAAGGCGACCUCAUCUUCCUUCCCAUCCUGGCCCUGAACCGGCGCAAGGAGAUCUGGGGCGAAGAUGCGCAUGAGUUCAAACCUGAGCGUUGGGAGAACAUCCCCGAAGCGGCGGCAGGUGUGCCCGGUGUGUGGGGUAACCAGCUCACAUUCAUUGGCGGGCCGCGAGCAUGCAUCGGCUACCGGUUUUCUCUCGUUGAGACCAAGGCGCUGCUCUUCGCGCUUGUACGCGCUUUCGAGUUCGAGCUCGCCGUCCCGGCUGAGGUUAUCAAGAAGCGGACCGGCAGUAUCACGACACGCCCCGUUAUUACUGGACCCGAUGGUAAGACCAAAGGGUCGCUCCCGCUGAUUAUUCGGCUGUACAGAGCGUAGUGCACACGGUAUGGGAUGCGGAAGACAAGCUAUCUGAGCGUAGCUAGCGACAUUUGGAUACUUGGUUCGUGUAUGUAGCCUGCUCCUUGCAAACUUACCACUUCAAGGCUCCGCUUGUGUAACAUUAGUUUGUCUGUUUCUUCGCCUCGCUUUCGUUGAUUCUCUUGGCCUACGUUCACCCGCUGUACUUGUACAUAGACCCGCCAUUCGCGCACUUCA